GGCCACCAGGAAAAACCAAGUCGUCCCUAAAGUCGGGUACAUGGCCAGGGGUGGCGAUAGAAGAGAUAAGGACACACCCAUCCCAGGUGUCUAUCACAUCCGCGACUUCAUCGAAGAAGCUGAACUGAACCCGGUGAGGAAGACCUAUGGCUUCAAAGAUGUGGGCAGAAAAGCCCCCAUUCUGGGCGUACAUAAGGGGGAUUUGCUUUUCCCCGGGGCAUACGACUACACCGACUCCAUCCAGGAGGUCCUGAAGCACCCGGCGUCUUACUCUUUCAAAAACUGUCCAAGGCCCAAUAUCGUCACCCUGGGCAUCAGGGACAAGCAUAUAAACACUUCACCGUGCGACUACGACGUGACAGCGAAACCGGAGGAGAAGAUUCCCUGCAAGCAUGUGAUGUUUCGGUCGACCGUGCAGCGGAUCACCUUUCCUCCUAAGGAGGGACCUGCUCCAUGCCAAUAUAAUCCACAGACCAGACCAGGAAAAGGCAUCACUUCCUGCUUCAAGUCCACCUUGCCGCGGCUCCACUGUGUGCACUCCAAGACCCCAGGCCCAGGGGCCUACGAACCUUGCUGGAAGUUGGGCGACCGUCUGAACGCGGAGGCCAUAGACCCGUCAUUUAGCUUCUUCUUCCGCGACAUUCUCUAGUGUGGACCUCAAAUCCCACGAUGCCUUGAUCCCACCACCAUCCUGUCAGCCCCGAAUUACAGAUCACACACGGUGACCCUGCCUUAUUUUUAAAAAGUAAAAUGUACAAAAGAAAGCAAUAUCCCAGUCUCUUAUUACUUGGACCACUGUUUAUCUGUAUGUCAGCGAGGGAUUU